UUUUUCCAUGAGCCGUGGAACAGGAGUUAGGUAGUAGCAAACCCUUACCACGGUGGUUCUCGAAACCAGCCGCCGCAACUAUCCCCCACCCCCACUGCUGUGGAAGGCUGCGCUGGCUCCGGCUAACCGGCGAUGGAAGAUCCUGCUGGACUCUGUCGACAUGUUCCCACUAUGAUGCGGACAGCUUGGACCACCCGGAUCCGGUUCCUCUGGCGGAUCUCCAGCGGAUUGCCGACACAAGCGCUGACCCGGUUCCUGGUGCGGCGAGCGUGUUGGGGGCGCAAUACAGGGCAGGUAGGAAGGCGACGGGCGCCGCCGGUGGGAGGCUUCUUCGAGGCAGGGCAGAAGAGUGUGGCGUCGAAAGAUCAAGUGGUGUUGACAAGCAAAUGGAAAUGUGCGAAGCCAUGCAUGGACCAGAGACAACAGGUGUGGAAUGCCAUUGAAGAGCAAGAGAAAUUCGAGAAGCAGGAGAAGAAACGAAGGCAGAAGGAGAUUAAUUGUCCAAAUUAGCACUGAAGUUGCAGCAGGACAAAUUAGCCCCAGUUCUCUCUUGUGGGUUUAAUUAUGAAUGGUAAUAUUUACACUGGCAUGCUUAGUUAUGAAUGCUAUGUGAUCUAGACAUAUCACAAUAAAAGAUUUUACUCUUAUUUUGCCAAGCUAACAACAUGGAUCAUGUGUGGUGUUGCACCAUCUUUUGUGUCCAGGUUGUAUGUUCUAGUUGGUAGAUUAUAAACUUUGUUGGAUUUUGCCUUAAGUAUUUGCAUCAUGGUACAGCCAGUCAGCUAGUUGUCUUUUUAGUUCUCCAGAUCUUAAGAUGCCUAAUUAUCUUUAGCCUAAUUUUUGUUCUGUUUUACUUGGAAAAGCGAUGCCACAUAUUCACAGUUGCGGUGAUGCAGGUUUGCUUGUCCAGUGUACUUCAUGGUGCAUGUACCUGGGUGUUUAGCCCAAGUUCCAAGUGUACAUCUUUUGAUCUAUCUCCGAAUGAAAAUCUGAAUUCUGAGUACAUUCCAUGGGUCUUUCAGAAAAUCUGAAACAUGACAAUCUGUUUGUUCCUUGGGAGCUUACCAUCUCCCUCGGUGUAAUAUCAUGAGUUUUGGUAUAUUGCCAUGCCAUCUGUAGAUUUGGUUAACAUUGGCAUGGUGUUGUGCCAUCUGUAGAUUUGGUUAACAUUGGCAUGAUGUUGUGUGAUAAACACCUGUAUGAAAAAUACCAAGUGUGAAUGCUGACAUCUUGCACUUGUAUCAUGUUGUAUUUUGAUUUCAAUCUUGCAAACUGUCCACUUAA